AUGCGCGCGCUCGGCGUCGACGACGCCGCGCGCGCGCUGUCGCAGGGCGCCGAAGCGCGCGUCUUCGCGCUCGAAUUCUGCGGGCGGGACGCGAUUUGUAAGCAGCGAUUCGCGAAAAAGUACCGCUUGCCGGCGCUGGACGAACGGCUGACGCGAGCGAGAUUGGUGGGAGAGGCGAGGGCGAUCGUGCGGGCGCGAAAACUGGGCGUGCGAGCGCCGAUGGUGCUGCACGUGGACGCGAACGAGGCGUGCGUGUACAUGGAACGCGUGGCGGGCGUGGCGCUGAAGGAGGCGCUGCGGCGAGAGACGUGCACGAGGGAAGACAUCGCGAGGUACGGAAGAGAGAUCGGAGAGGCGAUAAGUAAAUUGCACGACGGCGGUCUCGUGCACGGGGACUUGACGACGAGUAAUUUCAUGGUGAGAGACGACGACGGCGCCGUCGUCGUCAUCGAUUUCGGUUUGAGCUACCCUAGCGCGGUGCCCGAAGACAAGGGCGUGGAUUUAUACGUUCUCGAGCGCGCCAUCAACGCCGCGCACCCAUCGCAAACCGAGCUGUUCGAUGAAAUCAUAGCGACGUACAAAAAAACGUCAAAGAUGUGGUGCGCGACGCUGAAUAGAUUCGCCGAGGUUCGCGCGAGAGGACGCAAACGCUCGAUGGUGGGUUAA